AUUAACAACCAGCAUUCAGUCGAGAAAAAAAAAGCGCUCGUACAACUAACUAGUGUAUUAUUGUCCUUUUCAAUUGCACCAAUUGAUUUAAAUUACCUUUGAUUGGUCAGUCAUGUGCUAGAUACCAUAUAGAUCAACAUGGAACAGAAAAUUAAUACGGUGAAAAAUUAUUUCAAGAAAAAAAAUAUCGACGACGUAGAGGAAAGGGCUAAAGGCGGCGUACCGCAAAUCGGAUUCAGAAUUUCGUUUUGUGAACACGACAAGGAAUUGAAAGUGAAAGUUAUCGGUGCUAGAUUGUUACCAACGGACUAUGGUAAUAUUAAACCCAGAGGGUACUUAGUUAAGAUAACCGUAUAUCCAAGUAAACAAAAAUUCGAAACAAAGACUGUGAAAGAUUCGUGGCCCACUAUUAACGAGGAAUUUUCAUGUACAAUAUUUCCAGUAAAGAAAAUCGAUGACUAUUUCAAAGGACAUUUCGUUUCUUUUACAAUUUACGCUAUUUUAGGAAAAGAAGAAGAGGAGCAAAGACAGAACGAGAAACCAAAAAGUAUAUUAAAAAGAUAUUUUUCAUUUAGUGAUGGGGAGGAAUUUAUUUCUUUACGUAAUGGUAAUUUUAGAAGGUCUGGAUCUCAAAGAAGAAGUAGCUACAACAGUAGUAUGAGUAACAGAAGGACUGUAGGAGCAGUUACUUACAAUUUAGAUAGAAAAUUAUUUACUCAAAAACUUAAAACUGAUAUGAUAAGUACGCCGGAUAUUUGGAGAAAUGUGACGGAAAUUACCAGCGGUAUUCAAACUCAACCGCGAGACGGAACUAAAGGCAGUAUAGAAUUAACCCUCCAAUAUGGCGUUAGUGAAGAUGGUCGAAAUGAUGUAGUUGAAGUAACAGUUACCAAAUUUAGAUGCAGUUUACAAACAAUGCAAUUACAUGAAACAAUUGGAGGGCAACUCUACAUCAAAAUCACGGCAUUCGAAUACGAAGAUCUUAUACAAAAAAUGAAAAGUGAUAAAUUCGAACCGACGAUUAGUUUGAAAUUAGAACCGAGCACGUCGACAUUGAGAGCUACGGUCAAUAAAUAUAAUUUGAAGCAAGUGAAAAUUUUGAUAAGGUUGAUGUCGAGAAAUAUAGUGGGAAAAAAAACCGUACUGGGUAAAAUAGAAAUCGAUAGGAAUAGUAGUUUUUGGAAAGAAAUCGUCGCUUCACCAUCGGUUGCUAUCACAAAAAUGGUUCAUUUUGAAUAGGAUUUUUUAUAUUUAUAGAUAGUUUUGAUUAUAAAAAAAAUUUACACAAACGUCCUCAUUAGAAGUAAAUUUUUUCAUGCAAAGAACUAACGAAUUGCGAUUAAACGAUAGUUUUCCCUACUUCCCCGUAUCGACAUCAAAAUGUACGUAUUUAUUUUGCUUUUCCCCACUUUCUCCCACAAUUUACCCCAAAAUAAAUGUAAAUAUAACAGAAAUAAUUUGAAAGCACUCUAAGAAUGGAUUUUUUAACUAAAAAAUUACUUUUUAUAAUGAAAAAAUGUUUUAAAAGUCAAAAGAACGAAGCUAUACUGCUUUGCCCCACUUUUUUCUCAAAAUAGGAGGCAAUUUACUCCUAUUAAGGAGCUAAAAAUAAUUUAAAAGUGCCAUAAAAAUGAUUUUUCACAUUAAAAAUUAAUAUCUAACCUAUCAACAUAAAAAAAAUUGAUCAAAAAUCAUAAAAACCGAGCUAUUCUAAUUUGCCCCACUUCCCCCUCGAAUAUAAGACAUUCAACUCAAACCUUUUUUACGUUAAGACAACGAUGACGUCACUAGAUAAAAGAUUGCAGCGUUGUCAUGCUGUAUUAUUUUCCUUAAGUUGAAUGUAAAAAGCUCUAUGCUUCACAGAUACGAUUGUUAUUGAACAACAAAACAUCAAAUCACAAAAAUCUAAACAUUAUAUAGAUCUAGUAACAAUAAUAAUUACGGUUUUUUAUAAAUUGAGAAAAAAAAAUAAA